GGGCAGUGGGUGAAGCCAAACACCCAGAUCAUACAUCGACUUUCGAAUUUGAAUCAAGAAAUUCCGAGUCUAUCCCCGACAAAUCCAUCGUCAUGGACUGCACCGUCGAGUCGGCUUGGUCGAACCAGUCUUCGAGCCCAUCAGUGCUCUCCACCAGGCUUGCUUCUCUCUUUCCUCUUUCCGAUGCUAUUUUGAAUGCCCAAAACAUAACAGUCGAAGAGAGUACAAACAUGAUCCUAGAUGAAAUCAGAUCCGUGUCGAAACAAGGCGAACCCACUCCGGCGAGUCCAUUCACCAAACCUCCUGAGAAGGCCCCUCUGAGUGUAAGUUCCGACUACGCUACAUUGUCAAACUCGCUAGCUAAUAGGCAGAUUUGGGCGGGUCCAAAAGACACCGUCGUGAAGAAGCCAGUGUACAAGGAAACCAACAAAGACUACGAGUGCGAACAGCCAUACAAAAUUCAAGCCGUGUCCGCGUGCGUCGAGCUCAGCCCAGAGCAAGUCGGUCAAGAGAACGAAUGCAAGGUCGAGGAGCCGGCAUGGCUGCGAGUCCCCGUCUGCUCUGGGCGUUGUCACGGUGUGCAGCUGAAGCCCAUGCGGACCGUCGUCAAACCUAACUCUCCGAGUCCGACCGUCGACCUUAAUCUAGAUCCUGAUGAGUCCAAAGCCUGGGACCCCGAGCGCAGCCAGCAUCUGAAACGAAAGCAUUGUAAAUGGGCUGUUGCUGCAGCAGGAGUUCAAGCUUCCGGCGGUCCACGACAAGGGCCUGUAGGCGGAAGGGGAUGUAACAAUAACCCCGCCCAACCCAGUAGCAAAUUCUACAAAUGCGACGAGCGUGCUCAAAUCCCCUGCGCUCCAUCGGGGGCCCAAUGCUUCGCGUCUCCUUAUGGUCACCUGCGCCCCGGCACCUUCCUGCCCGUGCUCUUCCCUGUCCCGGGGGACAUUAUCAUCAGCCAGCAGUGUAGAACCGCUGAACUGAACAACCCGCUGUAUAACCCCGGGGGCCAUGUCCGAUUCCACUUCGACCCAACGCACUUCACUCGAAGUGCGGCCAUGAGGAAUAGUAUGAUCUUGCAGGACUAUUCGCAGGCGCAGGCGGUGUUUCAGAACGACGAUCUGAUCAUUCGCGCCGGGGCGUUCGAGGCGAACUACAUCUGGACACCGCAGGAUAACGUCGAGUUGUUCCGUCACGUGCUCCUCAUGGCUCCGUAUACUUGGCUGUUUUGUGGUCGCUGUCCGUUCAAACCCCUAGGCAGCAUUAGAACGUUCGGGUUGGGAGCGGAGACGAUUCCUUUCAUGGAAAUGCAUCAGUUCCCCCCCGAACGACGAAUGGUGCAAGAUCCGAACACUACGAGAUGGAUCGGGUCCGGAUUCCGACCCGAGUCUACCGAUUUGAUUAUUACUUUGUCUAGGGGCAUGGCCGAUGUGACCAUUAGCUACUUCCACUGGCAAACUACGCAUCUGUCGCAACACGAUAUGCUAAUUCGCGCUUCGUACACGCGCGUGGAGGACACUACCCUCGGUACCGUCGAUAUGUUCAUGUAUCUAAUGAACCCCGCCACACAGCAGCUCAUGUGGAACUUCCAAGGUAGGGACGUUCAGCUCUUCGGAGGCAGCGUUUCGCUCGAGCAUCUGAUUCAGAUUAUGGACCUUGCGACCCCGAUGGAUGGUUAUGGCGGGUCCAGGACUCAGCAGCUGGCGCAAUGCUACAAUCCACUUCAAGGAGGGCGAAAUACAGGGAUACAUUAACGAACCAUGGAGUAGGAUUCAGCUGAGUCUGCAUACUCUUGAACACGUUCAGAGUAGAAGUAAACACCACGUUUGUACGAAGGGCUACAGAUUUCGAUCAAGUUCAUCUGAGUACUCCACUGCGAUUAACACCGGCCUUGCUCGAUCGGAAUCUUAAUUCGAACGAAACUUCGUAAGGUAGAGGUUUGCUACCAAAGGCAGGAAAGAACCAUUCUAAAGAAUGUUUCUUAGCAGAUGAACACAAGACUCGCUCAAAUAGAAUAAAUCCAGAUAACAAUCGCUGGUUGGAAUCAAGACCACCUGUCCUUCCUAGCAUAAUUAGGGGGUAAUUUUCUUACUGCGCUAGGGAGACUUUCGAAUUAUAAACAACGUAAGUCCAAUCAUUAAAUCCCCCAAUAAACUGCAAAUAAUAACAAGCUAACUUAGUAGACAGAGAACAAGAAAAACUAAAUAUUGUACUACUAGAGCUUGAAUGGAUCACUAAAAAAAUGCGUUAAAUUGCAAUUGAGGUCUUUGAGAACUCUGGUCCUACGGUUACAUUUUCUUCAUCAACGGAAAUUUGCCAUAAUUUAGAAAUAUAUGCAAAGGAAAAAAAGAGCAGCAAAGUAGAAUCAGGAGUUACAAAAUCCUUACUUGUAGUAUAGUAGUACAAAAAGACUAUACAUGCUUUUAUUAGAAAAAACCAGGGAGCUUAAAAGAACAAGAGACGUUCUUAGGCGUGUAAAUUAAACUUCGUUUCUGCUCAAGCUAAUAAAUGGUCACAAUGGUGAAUCUUUCAAGACUUUGCAUUACUAGAGAUACGAGGGUGAUAUCAUCCUUCAAACGAAUUUGCUCGGAU